UUAUCGUAAAAACAAAUUGACGUCCCACUGUGCCUACCUGAGCCCUACAAUCUCAGGGAAGGGUCACCUGUGAAUUUAAAGAAAAAUAGACUAUCGCGUCAAUAAUACGAUAUAUACCAGCCCAAUACCAUUAUUGCCAAAGGCAAUGGCACUGUCGCCUCGUCGAAGAAAUGAUACGACCCAGGCUCAAAGUGAAACAACAACAGUUUCGGAAACUACACCGAUUCCUGAACGUAUUGCUGACGAAAAGCCAGCUGUACCGGUCAGCGAACAUAAUUGUCGGUGUCUAGCGACAUCGGUAACGAACGAAACAUGCUCACGGCACUGGACAGAGAUCGACGCAGCAAUCAGAAACGUUCGUAAUUGCUCUAUAAAUCACAGGAGAUGCGUCGACUACUGCGGGGAUCUUUCAAUGAUCCCUGAGAAUGAAGCCGGAGUAUGUGGCACCUGUCGGCGAAUGGCUAAAGAUAUUUUCUCCCAAUGUCCCUUACGCCCUGACACUCUAUAUCCUCGAGUACUGGUUGUCGUUGAUGAUACUUAUGACGUGAAAUUCAACAAAAAUGAUACCGAGAUAAUCACUUAUAUGCUGGGAUUUUGGAACAACGUCGAUUUAAAAUUCAGAUUAUUCAAGAAUCCCCAGAUCAGACUGAAUGUCGUUGGUAUAGUGCUAGCUAAGGAUGGCAACGUACUGGAGUACAUGAAAAGUCCCCCUAAUCAACCAGUGCCUAGAAAAAUUGCAAUGAGGCUGGCUGAAGGUUACUGGUAUGCGCGGAAUGACGAUAUUUCAUAUGAUAGCUACGAUUUAGUUGUAACACUGGCAAUAAAAGGCCUAUGUGAAUAUACGCGGGAUAAGGCUACAAAUAUCGAAUAUUGUCCUUUCGGCGGGCAUGCUGGGGGGAUAGCAUUCAAGGGCAGCGCAUGCGCCACUUGCGGGAAAAAAGUUCUCAAACUCGCUAUCGUUCAGGACGAUGCCAAAUUUGAUUCAGUCUCAGCCACGGCACAUGAAAUCGGUCACUUAUUUAAUAUGGACCACGAUAAUUUUUCUGACUAUGUAAUGGGGCCCCACUCAAUUGUAACGAACAAUGUACAGUGGUCUAACGAUAGUUUGAGAAGUUUCCAGAAAUUUUUGUUGAACACGCCAUUUUGCUUGAACGAAAAACCGAAAGAAAAAGACUUCUUGCCUGUAUAUCUUCCGGGGAAAAUAAAAAAAGAUGAAUUUUUUGACGAGUGCACGCUACAAAUAUCCUGUAACAGAGACAAUCCAUUCUGCAUAGAAUAUUGUGCACGCCCUAGCGUGAAGGAGUGCCGGUGGGAUGGCUGGCGUAACCCUCUCGAUGGUUCAUACUGUGAAAUUGGAAAAAUGUGCGUGAAUGGGCAUUGUGUUGUCGAUUCGACAGAGGUACCAUGGACGUGAAUCAAAAAACUCGGUUGAUUCCGAUGUUAUGUUAAUUUUUUCAUGAGCUCCGCCGUUGGGAACAUUUUAUUGUUCGACACUACAUUAAAUGGGAAAAUAACCCUCUACGAAAAACUAAAAUAAAGAAUAUAUUACUGCA